AACCCUGAAUCUAAAAUCUCAAACCCCUCGCCUCAUUUUCAAAAGCAAAACAAAAACACCACUCACCACUCUAGAGCGAGCGCGCAACAAUGUCGGGUUUCUCAUUCGGAUCUUCCGCUUCUUCCCAAUCUUCAUCUUCAUCCCCAUUUUCAUUCGGGUCAUCCCCAUCACCCGCUUUCUCAUUCGGAUCUUCAUCCCCUUUCUCCUCCACCACAAACCCUACCUCCGCCGCUUCUUCUUCUCCAUUCUCAUUCGCUCCCUCUUCCUCUUCUUCCACUUCUCUUUUCUCUGCUCCUACCUCCACUUCUUCUUCCUUCAACAUCGCAUCUUCAUUCGGCGCGGCUUCCUCAUUAUUCGGCUCCUCCUCCGCUUCAUCCGCGCCGGCUACCUCAGCUCCUUCAUUAUUCGGCUCCGCGAGUUCAGGUUCUUCAUUGUUCUCAUCGUCCUCUUCUGCUACCACGCCGUUUGGUGGAACUCCCUCAACUCCAGCAUUUGGAGUAGCGUCAUCGGCUUCAACUACGCUGUUUGGAGCACCGUCCUCGGCUUCAACCACGCCGUUUGGAUUUGCGUCCUCCGCUUCCACAACGCCAUUUGGAGCAGCGUCCUCCGCAUCGACGCCGUCGUUUGGAGCACCGUCGUCGACUUCAGCAACGCCGUCGUUUGGAGCACCGUCGUCGGCUUCAGCAACGCCGUCGUUUGGAGCACCGUCUUCGGCUUCAGCAACGCCGUCGUUUGGAGCACCGUCGUCGGCUUCAGCAACGCCGUUUGGAUUUGCGUCAUCGGCUUCCACAACGCCGUUUGGAGCAGCGUCCUCAGCUUCGGCUUCGCCGUUUGGAGGAAUUUCAUCUGCUUCGACGACAACAACUCUAUUUGGUGGAACAGCUUCUGCAGCAACGACGUCGUUUGGGGCAUCUUCUUCUGCAGCAACGACAUCGUUUGGAGCAGUUUCUUCAGCAGCAACUACACCUUCUUUAUUUUCAAGCGCGUUCUCUACAGGUGCUGCUUCAACUUCAACCACAACGACGUCGUUUUCACCUUUUGCCAAACCUUCUGCACCAGCCAGUACUACAACUGCAACGUCGUCGUUUAGCUCUUCAGGAUUCUCCUUAGGAAACUCAACUUCCUCUGCUUCUCAACCCGCAUUUGCUUUCACCAAUGUACCAUCCUCUUCCGCUUCGGCUUCAGUUUCAUCCGCCUCGACAGUUUCCGGCACACCGGCUGCUUCAAAGCCCCCGGGUUCUUUCUCUUUCACCACAUCUUCGGUGCCGCUGUUUUCGACUGUGACGACUACUACAGCCUCAACAACAACGACUGGCGCUGCAAUUGUUUCGUCUUCUGCGCCUGCAUCUUCUGCUCCGGCCAGUAGUGGAUUUUCGUUGGCAGCUGCUCCGGUUGCAUCUACUGGUGCUGGCUCUUCAUCGGCCGGUGCAGGAUCAUCAUUUGCGGGUUUUGGUGUAGGGAGCACGGCACCUACGGCGUCCACUGCAUCAACUGCUUCAUUGGGGACUGGAUUUUCAUUUGCUAACAAGGCCUCAGCCCCGUCUGUUUCGGCAGCUACUGCUCCUGCAUUUGGGGUGAGCACUUCAACCUCUACCACUCCAGCAAUUUCUAGUUUGAGCACUGGUGCAACUCAGACAUCAUCUGCUGUUGUUGCGGCUUCUACUAGUGGAACUACUUUAACUGUCAGCGCAUCAGUUGCUGCUGCACCAAAAUUGCCAUCUGAAAUCACAGGAAAGACUGUAGAAGAGAUUAUCAAGGAGUGGAAUGCUGAGUUGCAAGAGAGAACCGGAAAGUUUCGUAAACAAGCUAAUGUGAUAGCUGAAUGGGAUCGCAGGAUUUUACAGAACCGUGAUGUUCUGUUAAGGCUUGAGAUUGAAGUGGCAAAAGUAGUUGAGACACAAUCAAAUUUGGAGCGGCAAUUGGAGUUGAUAGAGACUCAUCAACAGGAGGUUGAUAAGGCUUUACUAAGCGUGGAGGAAGAAGCGGAACGUAUUUACAAGGAUGAGCGUGGUGUACUGCUUGAUGAUGAAGCUGCGUCUACAAGAGAUGCAAUGUAUGAGCAGUCGGAAUUGAUUGAGAGGGAACUAGAGCAAAUGACAGAGCAGAUCAAGUCAAUUAUUCUGUCCCUUAAUUCAAACCAGGGUGGAGAGGUUGAUGCACCUGAUGGAAUGUCUCCACUAGAUGCUGUAGUUCGAAUUUUAAAUAAUCAACUAACUUCUCUGAUGUGGAUUGAUGAAAAGGCUGAAGAAUUUUCUUCCCGCAUUCAGAAGCUAGCUAACCAAGGUUCUGCUUCUUCGGAUCGUGAACAGAUAGGACUUGGAAACUGGAUGUCUUGAUAUUUCAAAUUUGUAUAGCAUCUCAACCCUUUCAAAUACAAGCAAGAAAACACAUUUGUAUUAAACGGCUAGUCGGCUAUCUUAUAAUAUAUUUAUACCGAGAUUCUGGAUGAGUUGUUUUAGAAUUAUUACUAUCAAUUUCCUUGUAAAACACCCAAAUAAUUUUUCUAUAAUUUCAUUUUGAAGAAAAAAUCUGUCAUGAAAUUGAGGAUUGUUGGUAGUAAAGAAUGAAAUUUUGGAACCAUUCCUAAUGAAAAA